UUCAUCCGUCUGGCCGGAUGCGAUUGGCUGGAAACAAAACGUACGACGUACAGUGUAAUAAAGAACACCUAUUUGUCUCCGAUGAAGAGCAUAUUACUCGCCCAAACUAAGCGGACAGCGUCUCACCAUUCAUGCGCCACUUGUUUUUGAUAGGCAACACAAAGUGCAUUGACAACAUAAUAGAAAUGUUAGGAAUUCUUUUUCGGCGGGGCACAGCGUCGAGUUCAAUCGCGUUUCGACUUCAAUAGACUGUUGCGAUGCUUCACAGUCCUUUUGAUCUGCGCCAGUUGAGUGUCGCCCAGUAACUAGCAGCAGGCCCGCGUUAUUUUGUGUCUGUGUUUUCAGACCAGAAAGGUCAUGAGUCGUUAGACGUUUCAAUCCAACACUUUGUCAAAGUUCACUAUGAGAACGGAGAACAAUCUAACGCAUGGCAAUCAAAAAGAUUAUGAGGUGUAUGUCGGCCGGAGAUUCGUGCCUAUUGAAGCAGCCAUCGGUGAUCCACCCGACGUUUUCCCUUAAUUUGCGCAAUACCGUCUGACCUCGCCAAAAUGGACGACAAUCUGUUGCUGGCGAUCAACACGACUACGACCUGGUGGCUGAAUGAAAACGAUUCGACUAGCCAAGAUGUGAAUCAAUCCAUUUUAGCAUCGACGGCCGAUCCAGCUUUUGUGCGCUUUCGUGAUGAAUCCCGCUUCUGGGUACAAAGGGUUCUAUUACCCAUCAUUGCAACCAUUGGAGUCUUUGGCAAUGGAGUCACAAUUCUGGUACUGACUCGCAGAGGGAUGCGUUCGUCUACUAAUGCUUACCUAACUGCCCUAGCCAUUGCCGACCUCGUUUAUUUACUGUGCGUGUUCUGGCUAUCGUUGCGCCACUACCCACACGUUAAGGAAGAUGUGUCUCUUUCUAAUUUCUACGCUUACACCUGGCCGUACAGUCUUUGGCUCACCGACGCCACUACUAACACUUCCGUUUGGCUGAUUGUGACCUUUACGGUGGAGCGCUACAUCGUCGUGAGCCAUCCGAUUCGCAGCCGAAUGCUGUGCACCGAAUCACGAGCGAGGCGAGUUAUCGUGGCCGUCUAUUUGAUCUGUUUCACGGCAACUCUAUCGACGCCGUUCGAGUGGACGAUUUUGGAAAUGACGGACCCCGUUACGAACGUCACGAAAGCUGAAAUCACCCCCAGCUACUUGGGCAACGAUGAAACCUAUCAGACCAUCUAUUACUGGUUCACGAGCAUCACAUUCGUGCUGCUACCGUUGACGUUGCUUAUCGUCUUUAAUUCGUUCCUGAUCCAUUCGGUACGUCAGAGUCAGAAACUCCGCCAAAUAAUGACACAACGGCAGACAAUCACGAAGAGCGACCGGGAGGAACGUGCCGCUUCCAAUGAGAUCCGCAUCACCAUCACGUUGAUAGCUGUCGUCAUUAUGUUCCUGGUUUGUCAGCUGCCCACGGCUGCCACGCUCAUUUACAACAUUUUUCACGACCCCUCGCCGCAGUCGGAUGAAGAGGCCGUUCUACGAGCUCUUGGCAACAUCUUCAAUUGUCUCGUGUCCGUCAAUGCCGCUUGUAAUUUCCUGCUCUACUGCGCCCUCAGCGACAAGUACCGACGCACUUUUAUGCGCACCUUUUGUCGCUGCAUCUACCGGCCCGCUAGUCUUUUCUUCACGCAGGUUGAAGACACCGGCCAUCACGCUAAUCACCACAGCCGACAAGCAUCGGUUUGCGUCAAUCAACGCGAUCGAUACGCAUCCGGACGGUCAGGACAAAUUCUUCGGACUUCGGUGACUCAGAGUUCAGUCAACGGUUCUUACCUGGCCAUACCUGACGGGAACGGAUCGAUUGGUUGUCAGACGUCUUCACCGUCAGUCGCACGCCGACAAUUUGAUGGUCAGACCGGCCGCAGUUUACACGGUGCAAGUUUACAGUCGAACAACUGUGACGGUCAGACUAAUACGAUGUUAACGACCAAUCCACUCCUAAUAAGCAAAAUGACUUCGAGCGAGCCGACGGGUGGGACACGAUGGCCCAUCAAAUGGUGGCGACCGAUGGCUACCAGGCGGAAGAUUCCGUCAAAUACUAAACCGAGUAACAUCCUUAUCAAAGUCACCUCAGAUGCUGUCGAAGAGACUAGUCACCAACCCCAACCGAGCGAACAGACUUCCCUGAAACAAAUCAGUGACGGGGAAAUAGCUUUCGUUUGAGCGAUUUUCUUUUCGUUAUCACCGCUUGGCUGAAUCGAGCCUAUCCAUUUUCUUUUCAAAUUCCGGCCAAAUCUUCCUUAAAGACCCUUUCCAAAAAGUCAAUAAAAAAACAAACAAGAGGGGAACCGACUGCACACCAAGUGAUGACAGGAAUGUGUAUGGCAUUAUACCUGAUGAUAUAGUUCGCUCACUUUACUGCAGCGCGUUUGUAUCACAGUCGCUUUGUUUUUGUUUUUCGGUCGACAGGGUGAAACAAAACAAUAUUUCUACUAGCACUAAAUCUUUAAAAAAAAACAAAAAACAUUUGUCUAUCGAUUACCCAGCGGGUUUCAUUUGUUUCUUUGCCUAUACAUACCCACCUGAAAUGAUUACGUAUUCAUGUUUGUUCCGCUUCUUGCACCAUCAUGACUUUGGCAAAUGCGCCAGGAAACUUUCACACCCUGAAAACUGGUAAAAUGUUAUGAAUGUUGUUAGCACUCAAUAUGCGCAGUACAAUUGCAAAUUUAAAGGAAAAA